AAGUCUUCGUGUCAACUUGUACAAAAUGUCUUUCUGAGUCACCCCUUCUUUUCCUCUAAUAAAUAAAUACUAUAUAUCCAGCUACUACUACUGAUCCACCCACCGACGACCGACGACAGAUAACCAUCCACCAAAUAUUCAACCAACCAUGACUGGCCGUGAAAUCCUUCACAAGAUGAAGGAAAAGGUUGGUUUAUCAUCAUCUUCAGGUGAAACUGGAAAAGGAAAAAGCAAGAUUCAUAAACAUGUUACACAUGGGUAUCAUUUAGUUAAGGGAAAAUCAUACCAUGAUAUGGAAGAUUAUGUAUUUGCACAAUUCAAAAAUGUUGGUGACGAUGAACUUGGACUGUUUGCUAUAUUCGAUGGUCACUUAAGCCAUGAAGUUCCUGAUUAUCUUCGAUCUCAUUUGUUUGAAAACAUUUUAAAUGAGCCUGAUUUCUGGACUAAGACCGAAAAUGCUAUCAGAAGGGCGUAUCGGGUAACUGAUAAAACAAUACUGGAUAAAGCAGUUGAUUUGGGUAAAGGAGGUUCUACUGCUGUUACUGCCAUUUUGAUAAAUUGUAAAAAGCUUGUGGUAGCCAAUGUUGGGGACUCUCGGGCUGUGAUAAGCAAGAAGGGUGUGGCUAAACAGUUAUCAAUUGACCAUGAACCUAGCAAGGAACGCAAAGUUAUCGAGGACAGAGGAGGUUUUGUCUCUACCUUUCCAGGUGAUGUUCCACGUGUUGAUGGGCGCUUAGCGGUAGCAAGAGCAUUUGGUGACAAGAGCUUGAAGGAACACCUGAGCUCCGAGCCAGAUGUAUCAAUGGAGAUGAUAGAUGAUGAUACUGACUUCAUUAUCCUAGCAAGUGAUGGCGUGUGGAAGGUUAUGACAAAUCAAGAGGCUGUAGAUUGCAUCAAGAAUGUGAAGGAUGCAAAGUCUGCUGCAAAGCAACUAACUGACGAGGCGCUUGCAAGGAAGAGCACUGAUGACAUCUCCUGCAUUGUUGUAAGGUUCCAAUGAUCCGUAGUUUGGUCUAUAUUCAAGACAUUCAAAACAACAUAUAAGGCUGCUUGUUUUUGUACGUUUCCAUGCUUUUAUAUCUUUUCAUGUUUAUGUAUUAAAUUCAUCUUGUAAAGGUCGUUCCAGGGUCUCGUUAAGUAUGAUACACUGUGGAGAGAAUGUAUUUGACAUGAUCAGGAACAUGUGAUGUAUCUUUCUUGUUUUUUUUUUUAAUUUAAUACCCACUUGUAAUCUGAAAAAUUGUUGGUGUAAACUUUCUUGAUUGGUUUAGAUAAUUACAGUAUAUUUGGAUAUCA